UUGAUCGUUGUUUGAAAUUGUCGGGCUUUAUAAUAUUACGUAUAAUACAAUAUUGAUGCGGUAGGUAAGCGCAAGCUCACCCAUCUAGCCCACAUGUGAAUGUUGAUUGAUAUUAAUCGUUAACAACAAUAUUCUUCGUAAUAUACGCGCGUGGCAAUAGUGCUCCACGAUGCCGACGACCGACGCCAGAAGGACGUACGCCGUGCCCAGCCUGUUCAAGUCGGCGUACCGAGCGUGCAACCAGAUCCAGCGGCACGCGUACCGCACGGACUACUCGACGCUUCCGCGCGUCGACAUGCAGCGCUGUUGCGAUUCACUGUUCGAAAUCUUGAAGCUGAACACGGAAUGCGGCGGGUUCGACCCGGACGGCGACAGGCGGUCCAUGUUCCGCAAGGUACGGCGCGGCGUUGAUGGCUACAAGUUCGGCGGCAUAUGCGAGACGGCCGCGCGUCACGGGCAUAUCGAUUGUCUGAGGUUGGCCCACGAGAUCGGCUGCCCUUGGGACGUAUCCACGCCCUCGGUCGCGGCCCUCGGCGGGCACCUGGAGUGCCUGAUGUACAUGCACGAGAACAUGUGCAUGUGGGACGAACGCACGUGCAACAAGGCGGCGGGCGCUGGCCACUUGCACUGUCUCAGGUAUGCGCGGGAAAACGGAUGUCCGUGGCACGAACUUACGUGUGCCGAUGCUGCUGCGGGUGGACACCUGGACUGUUUGAAGUAUGCACACGAAAAUGGAUGUCCAUGGGACGAACAUACAUGCUUUUUGGCCGCCAUGUUGGACAAACUGAAGUGUCUCAUGUACGCCCAUCAAAACGGAUGUCCCUGGGACAGAGAUUAUACUGAUCGUUUAUUUAUUAGUCGGCGGUGUCUUGAAUACGCGUUGAACAUCGAAUGUCCGAGCUUUUGGUGGACAAACAACGCUGAUUAUAGUUUAUUUAAUUAGGUAUACUAUAUAAUAUUAUUAUUUUCAUAUUUAUACGUUACAAUCGCUAUUGUCAUGCCUAUUGUUUCUUGAUAUAUUUAACAAUAUUGUUAUUAUUAUAAUUGUCAAGUUAUUGUGAAAAAAUACGCUAGUGCUUUAAAGCUGCAGUUCUUGCAUUCCGAUGCAUAUAAGUUCCAUUAAAUUACUUUUUUACAUUUUUACAAUUAAUCAUUGUCAGUUGUCACUGUCACACUUGUUAUAGAAAAUGCAAAAAUGGGCUCACUUAGAUGAUAUUUUUUUUUAUCAUACAUACGCGCGUAUCUAUUCAUUUAUCAUCAUAUUUCGCUAG